AUGGAAGUCAUGAGAUCCCUUUUACAGAUCACCAACGACAUUUUGUACCUUUUUGUUUCCGCUGCCGGUUUCUGCAUUGCUGUUGCAAUCAACUGUGCAAAGACUUCCUUUAAUUUUUUUCACUAUGUUUUCUACCAGCAGGUACUACUUCUUUUACGCACUUUCAUGUGGCUUCCUAUCAGUAUCGCAAUCUCAGUUUUACUACAGUUGCUUUUCCUACCUCUGAAUAUUCCACUGAAGCUCUUUGGUGGAACUUCCUUGCAAAAGAUAAUAAUUGGACACACGAAUAGCAAGACAAACACAUAUGUGCUCAUCACAAUAUUUCAAUACGCCUUGGUACUUUUAUUGUUUGGCGUAAUUAUUGGACUUUGUUGUGGCGCAGCACUUGGAAUUAUACACUUUAUCGUUGUAAUUCCUGAUAUGAAAUUUGAUAUUUCCUUCUCCUUCUUCAAAAGAAUCUCUUCGUACAUGCACCUACCCAAACUUGACCUCGGAUUGGUUGCUCAUAUUUCAAAGUUUCUGCAACCCAAAGUAUCAGGAGAAGACGGUGGCGGCUUAACAACUCCACCGUCCACAAUUUUACGUGCCGAUGAGCUAGAAGAAAUACUUGCUAAGACUGCAACAACUCCAUAUCGUGUAAACAGCAAGAAAUCUUGGCAAAGACGACCAUCUUCUUCGAAAGAGAGUGUAAUGGAAGUGGCUUCCAAACUUCCAAGUGAUUUUUUUCAGAAGAGGGGAAGUAUAUCUGCUGAGAGACAAACAAUUUACCAAACACCAAGUCAGUCGCCCUCCAGCAAAACCGUUGAUGAUUCCAGUUACGCUUCUUCAAAUUUAUGGGAUCAGUUUGAUGAGCUGCCGAGCACCUUAAGAACUGAAGGGGGCAUCAGCACCUUGUAUAGUCGAAGGCCUAUGGGAUCUGCUAGUAGGGAAGAGACACUGUAUGCGCCUAAAAUAAAAAAUCGCAUUUGA